UUGAGGUAGACCGUCUACGGCAAAACAGCCUCCUCACCUUGCCUCUCCGACCAAGUUCCGUCAACCUGUCAGACCAGGCUCUUCUAGGUUUGCUGAGCGGCGUCUACAGUAUCGUAUUUAUUGCACAGAAGAAGGUUCCUUGAUUUCAAUUCUUGAAAGACGUCAGUUGCCGCCGCCGGCUGGUGAGUGUGGUUCUUGUCUCCGUCCGCGCACUAGCCUGAAGUGUGGCCUGGGUAGCGAACUGUGGUACUGUAUGUACCGUGUACACGUGUAGUGCUCCCCACCACCCCCCUUCCCCCGCUCCCCCUUCCGCAUAACACCUGCUCCGCCGAUCCCGCUCGAGUUCCCGCUUUGGAGGCUUAUCCGAUGGAUCUACUACGACCGAGAACUUCGCGGAGGCCUUCAUUCAUUCGUCCGCGGAUAAGGCUUAUCCGACCACACGAUGCCGCGCAACCAGUUACGGCGCUGCUCCGCACAUAGGAUGCCAGCCGCACACGUGGCGCACAGCGGCCACGAGAUGCUCUGUCUAGAGGAUGCCGAUUCCUAUUCGUCCAGAAAAGAAGCACCCUUCGCUCUCGGAGUGCCCCUUCUCGGCUCAGCUUUGCACCUCGGGGGGACUCCGCGGCCCCGCACCUUAUUGGACUCCGCGGAGCUCGAGAUAAGCUCGAAAAGCUGCUUUUAUUGAAUCAUGGCAAGAUUCAGCACGCGUGCACCCAGCGGGAAGGACGUGCGUGCGUGCAUGGCCGGCCGGCUGGACGAUUCAAUGGAAACGCGGCGUGCACUUUCUUGGGAAGACGAGCCGCGAACGAGAGGACGAGAGAACAGAGACCGUUGUUUCGUUCUCUCGUUGGCUCGUUGGCUCGUCCUCGCGUUCGUCUCGUUCUCGCGCUCCAUCCCCAUUUAGACGAGACGGAGCCAUCUUCCGCGCAUCAGUCACUGCUUUCGCGGCAAGCAAGCCUUCGCGGCGGCAAAGCAGCCGUCCGUGUCCCUCUCUUGCGCUGCGGACACGAGCUCGGGUCCGCGCCCAGUUGGCUCUUGCCAUCGCCGGUAGUUGAGCGAGCUCGGCUCCAUGAUCGCGCCGAGCUGCGUUUCUUAGUAACAGCAUUCCUCCUCGAAUUCAAGUUCAAUGUGUCACAUUUUCGGUGUUGGAACACACAUCGUUCGUCUCAGGCUGUCUUCACUCGGCGAGUGAUCCAUUCAAGUCUUUCUCAGUUUGAUAAGUCGCGCAGAAGGACUCCUUUCCCCGGGCCCCCUUCUUGGUCGUGAGUCCCUCGAGUCUAGUUGGCUAUUACUAUAGUGGAGUAGGCUUCUACCAUAGUCCUCCUAUACCAGUGCCAUGGACAGUGCAACAGCCUCGUUAGUGCCGUUUUCCAUAAGCCCGACUAGCCGACAGCAGCAGCAGCUACAAGUAACCGGCGAGGCUUGGGGGUACCCAACCUGCUCCGCAGGUUCGGAUGACGGGGGCCCGGAGGCUUGGAUCAUCCAACAAAUCGGCCAGACUGACGCAGGUUCCAUGCCAGUCGGACUCUGGACGGAUUCUGUCAUGACGUCACCUCCCAGUGAUGCCUCGGAACCAGGGGUAGCCGGGUCAUCUGGGGCUGACGUCAGCAUGAUGAUGGAUGGGAUUGAUGGCCCUCUGGAUUUUCCCUUGAAGCAAUGGCCGCCAAAGCAAUGGCUUCAGGGGAUUGAUGAAUCCUCAUUGACCGACCUUGACGUGAGACCCAUGGUGGCAGACGCUUCUGUGUUGGUACCUGAGGUUGCUGGUAGUGCUUUUACUGCUGCCACUGCUGCCGCUGCUGCUGCUGCUACUGCUGCUACUGGCGCUACAGUUGAUUCUUCCAUAGCCCAGUCGCUGAGUUAUUUUGAGGAUGCACCACUGAUGCAAUCACAACCGUCGAUCAGCACUGCUGUGUACGAUCUUAGGGCUUCACACCAGCCACGCGGCACCACCCUCGACGGAACGCUGAACGAUGUUGUGGUUGCGGCAGGCGGGUACAAGUUCAAGCACUGCAGAGCGGCAGGCUCUGAUGCCUGUGGAUGCUCUGACGAUCCCAAGGCAAACACCCCAGCCGCGGCCAGACUGCUUGAUUCUGAGUUGCCUCAGAGGAAUUCCCCCCCAACCCCAUCAACCCUGAGGCGACAGCUGGAUCGUCGUUCAAGUUCGGUGGGAACUGACAUUGAGAGUACGAGCCCCAUCAGUGCUGCUAGUUUCAAGGGCUUGCCAGUGGGGAAUGCGAGCAUCGGUGCCAGGAGUGGUGGUGGUGAUAGCCUCCACAUGCUGAUUCAAGGUUGUGUUGCUGCCGCAAGUGCUUCACCUGCUACUGCUGUGGCUGGUGCCGAGGCAACAAGCGAGGCGAAACAGGGGGUGAAACAGGAGUCGACUCAGGAGACGACACAAAGGGCAACUCAAGAGGCUGCAUAUCCAGCAGACCGAGCACACGCGACCCCUCUAGCCCAACCCAUGGGCUCAGCCAUGCUUGCCCCCACGGACCCACUUAGUGGUAAGGUGCGGCUGGGUCCAGCUGUUGCCUCGGCCCUCAUGGCGCCACCCAGUGGCAGUAUCCCUGCGCCAGGACGGCCGCCUAUUCACCGGCGGAGCGCCAAGGAGAAGAUGAGACGACACAGAGUCAGCGAUGUGUUGAAGCGGCUGCAGAAGGCCAUUCCUCUGUCGUGGCUGCGCCAAAAGUACCCGACAAAUUUGACUUCACGGACGGAUAUAGCCUCGCUAUUGCACGCUGCAGCGGAAUUUAUAGGAGAGCUGGAGGAUCAAAAGGUCCAACUGUCACAUGCAUGCAUGUACCAGUCGCUGUCGGGAUUCAGCUGCCACUGACACAUGGCUCGAGUGACUCGCUCGCAUCAGGCAACCACUCCAGCUGUCACAAAUCACGACCCUUUUUUGCUCGCACAGCGCAGAUUUAGGGGCUUCAGUUUACCCUUUUUUUUCCGUUGUCAUUUUGCUGUAGGCAGGGGCAAGCAACACUGACCUGCUUACAGUUUUAGUUGCUGCACCAUAUAUCUGAGAAAAUGGGGCUGGAUGCUAUCUAAUGAGCUACUGUACCUUGGCUUGUACCGUAGUU